AUGUGCUAUAUUGAAUUCAUUGUGUUAAGUGCGUUGAUUACAUUGAGUCUGUGCUCCAGUUACCCAACUUUCCCUCCGGACUUUAAGUUUGGAGCAGCCACGGCAGCUUACCAAGUGGAAGGUGCUUGGAAUAUUAGCGGUAAAUAAGGAGUCAGCAUAUGGGACAAGAUAACACAUGAGAAAAGCUACCUUAUAUCAGAUGGUAGUUCUGGAGACAUCGCUUGCGACUCGUACCACCAGUGGAGGCGAGACCUCGAAAUGCUUACAGAACUUGGUGUACAUUUUUAUAGAUUUUCAAUAUCAUGGCCUCGUCUACUACCGACUGGUUUCCCUAACCACAUUAGUGAAGACGGCAAGCGAUACUACAAUGAACUAAUCGAUUCCUUACUCGAGAAAGGUAUAGAACCAGCUGUCACAAUCUACCAUUGGGAUAUGCCGCAAAAUCUCCAAAAUCUUGGAGGUUGGGCCAGUCCCCACGUAGCUGACUGGCUAACCGAAUACGCAAGAGUGGUGUUUACCUUAUUUGCUGACAGAGUAAAAAUAUGGAUUACAAUCAACGAGCCUAUUAUGAUCUGUGACCUCGGGUAUGGUAGUGGUCGACACGCGCCUAUGCUGAAGACCCUCCAUGAUAUAGGAAGUUAUAUGUGCAAUAAGAAUCUGCUAAUUGCUCACGCUAAGGUCUAUAGACUGUAUGAUGAGGUAUUCCGUCCAAAGUACCAUGGAAUGAUAUCAAUUGUAAAUCACUUGGCAUGGCUGGAAGCUUUCAGUGACGGUGAUUUGUACGCGACAUAUGUAGCAAUGCAGAACACGGUGGGAAGGUACAGUCACCCGAUAUUCUCCAAAGAAGGAGGCUGGCCGCCAGAAGUGGAGAGGAUUGUAGCAAUAAACAGCGAGAAACAAGGGUAUCCCAGGUCAAGAUUGCCUCCAUUCACUAAACAUGAGAUUGACCUAGUGAGAGGAACCUUCGAUUUCUUCGGUUUAAAUCAUUAUACUAGCAGAUUGAUCCGCUCAAUCGACGGCAGCGAGAAGCCUUCCUUCUCCAAGGAAGAGGGUUCUUCUUUGUUCGGCGAUGGAGAAUAUAACUACACUUUGGUGACAGGUCACGAUUGGACCAUGGCUGGUAACGGAUGGCUUGCGGUAUACCCAGUAGGGUUUCGUUAUCUGCUACAAUGGAUCAAGAAGGAGUAUGGAGAUAUAAAAAUACUGGUGACUGAAAACGGUUACAGCACAGAAGGUGUAAACUACACACAUGAUGACGAUAGACUGAAAUAUCAUGAGGAUUAUAUUAACCAGAUGCUAUUGGCUUUUAAGGAGGACGGUGUUAAUGUCAUAGGUUACACAGCCUGGAGCCUUAUGGAUAACUACGAGUGGACCGACGGCUACAAAGCUAAAUUCGGCCUAUACGAAGUCAAUUUCACGGAUCCUCGUCGUACUAGAACGCCUAGGAAAUCAGCGAAAUUCUACGCAGAACUGAUUAAGCACCAAAGAGUAAUUGCAGCUGUUAACGGAACCAGUAGUUCCACUUACAUACUGUCAAUAUUAUUAGUGGUUGUGAUUAUACUGGCACUGAUUGCUGGCUUCUAUAUGUACAAUAGAUCUAAAGCAAGGAAGAGAGCGCUUGUAAAGAAGGAAUUCGAAGCGGAUUACGAGCUUCUUAUGGCGGAAAAACAAAAUGAGUGA